AUGCACAUCAACCGAGCCUUGUACAUUCAUUGUAUCUUAUUAUUCAAAUCGAUAAAUAAGGACAAUGACGGUUCAAUCACCAUUGAAGAAUUAAGAAAAUAUUAUCUUCCAAUGCAAGAGAUGCUUGGUAUUAGAUCUGAAGUUGCUGAACAAGAAAUUCAAGGUUUAGUCAAACGACUUGAUAGUGACAAUAAUGGAUCAAUCAGUUUUGAAGAGUUCAAAUUAUUCUGUUCUCGAUUAUAA